AUGUCGCCAAUGGUGCUCAGUCUCCGCGGCCUCCGCUUCGAUAGGGAGAAGUCCUACCUGGAUAGCGCGAUUGCCUGCGUUGUCUCAAAAGUUCGGCAAGUCGUGACAGGCGUAGGUCUGGAACAGAAAAUGCUACUUUGCUACACCGAAGCCCUACACCUUUUGCGAUCUGGCGUUGCUGAUCCAGCUUUGCACGAUAGACUGGACAUGCUUGCCGCCACGCAACUUCUUGCCAUCUACGAGAUGCUGGACUCAACGAGCAAUGAGUCUUGGCUACAACACGUAGCAGGCGCAGCGGCAAUGGCAAAGCUCCACGACGAAGGAAAUCUCCGCUUAGUGUUUGCAGACGCCCAUAGAGCCUUUAUUGACAACAUUGCGAUCGAAUGGUCCAUUCGCCUCCCUCUUCUGGCCAGAGCUCAUGAGUUGCGUUGUCGUCUCAAAGCCUUCAUACUGCGAAGCGAGCAGCAAUUUGUGAACAACAGGAAGACCUCGCCGAAAGAAGUCGAUCUGCUUGGGCUCUGUUUGAUUACUAUCAUCAUGCUUGAUCGUCUCAUCACCGCCUGGCGAAGAGAUCUCCCUUUAAGGGGACGAGAUCUGGAGGCAGACACGCAAGAGCUUUGGAAGCAGAUGAUUAGACUUGAACUGGACGCUGCGGAGAAGCAUCCUGGGAAGGAGGUGCUGCGGGCGUUUCAGAGACAGGUGAAUUAUCCUGUGCUCACUUAUAAUGAGUGA